AUGGCCAAAGUGUGUUUCCUCUUGCCGGCUCUGUUGGUCCUCGGCUCUUUGGGCCAUGUGCAACCAUCGGAGAACCAGCGGCGCCUGUUUGGCCACGCAGCCGACCGCAUGAAGAUCCUGCACCGCAUGGCUGUCCACAUGAUCAGCGACUUUGAGAACAGCUUGGACUUUGAUGACCGGGUGGAGCUGAGCAACAACUUCCUGCUGUCCAACUGCUUCUCCGACUCCAUCCAGGCCCCCUCCAACCGGGAGGAGAUCCAGAGGAGCACUGUUCUGAAGGUGCUGCGUGUGUCGUACCAGCUGCUGGUGUCGUGGGAGUUCCCCAGCCAGGCCUUCAGCGGAACCUUCACCAACAGCCUGAAGCCCAACGCCAUCACGGAGCGCCUUGCAGACCUCAAGAUGGGCCUGCGAAUCAUCAUCAUGGAGCACGUGUCUGGUGAGGCGACUGUGGAAGAGUACCUGUCGGCUCCAGUCGCCUUCGACGAAUCCUACCUGAGCGACGGUUCCCCAGGGAGGGUUUACGCCCUCAUGGCCUGUUUCAGGAGAGAUAUCCACCGCAUAGAGACCUUCCUCAGGGUGGCGCACUGCCGCAUCUCCCCCAAGGACUGCUUGCCUUAG